UCCUCCUCGCCGCCGACGCUGGCGUUUGGUCUACAAGGAUUUUGGGCGUCCGUCUCGCCACCGUUGUUGCUGGCUUUGGUCUUUGAGGGUUUCGAAAAUCUCGGCGGAGAGGGACUUCGACGGAACAAGGGAGGGCACCGGAGCCUUGGACGACGACUAGGAGAUGAGAAGGCGAAGGCGACGAUGAAGAAAAAUUCCGAUCAGUCUCCGUCUUCCUUCCUCCGUCAAACCGCCGCCGCUACCCACCUCCCCACUACCGCCUCUACCGCUGGGAGCCACAGCUUCCCCGCCGCCUCCGCCCAAAGCCGCGACACGAGCGUUCGUCGACAAUCUGAGGGAAAUCUCCCCCAAAAUCCUACGGGUCCGGGAGCUAGUCCAAUUUAUUAGGAGAGUAGAAGGGUUGCUAGAGAAGUGUUGAAAUGGGGUUCCUCUUUGGAGAAUUUAUCUCAGAAGAAAAAGUUUCCUCAAAAUGCCAAAACAAUUUAUGGUCUCUGGAAUUUAAGGGAGCUUGCUGCUUGCUAACGGGGUUGUCUUGAGGAGCAGAGGAGAAGGAAGGGAAAAUUGGGAUCGCGGUGGUGACAUCUGUUUUCAUCUGUGCUCAAAGUUAUCCCAGGUGUCCAACAUGCAAAUCAUUGAACUUUGUGUAAAUAAAAGGGAAGACUAAUUAUCACUAAUAUUUUGCUUUGAAUAGCAAAUAGCAAUUGCCCAUGUCUACUAAUUUUAUGCACUGAUCCAUUUCGUUAUCAUUUUUUCUUUUUCUAAACAUAACUCA